AUGGCAACAAACGAAUGCCCUCCGUUAACCGAUGAACAGUUUACUAAAGGCAGAUUUUCUAACACCGUUKCCAUUGUGACUGGUGGUGCUUCAGGUAUAGGUGAAGCAACAGUCAAGAGAUUUGCAAACGAUGGAGCGACAGUGAUUAUUUUUGAUAUUAACUCGAAACUGGGUGAACAAGUUGCGACAUCGUUGACUGACCUUGGUCWUCAGGUUGAGUUUAUGACAGUGGAUGUAUCUGAUAGAGACCAGUGUAUGCAGGCAGUCACCACUGUAGCUGAGAAACAUGGAAAAGUCAACUUUCUUGUCAAUAAUGCUGUGUACUUUGGGUGCAAAGGUAUUACCGCAGCGGCUGAGGAUUGGCAUAAAACAAUGAGUGUCAAUGUCCAAGGAUAUUCUAACAUGGUGCAAGCAUGCCAUCCACACAUGUUAAAAGCCAAUCGUGGACAACGUGCAAUAGUUAACAUAGCAAGUAUUUCAGCUCAUCGAUCUCAACCAGAACACUGGACGUACUCAUCAAGUAAAGGAGCCAUUUUGACAUUAACAAAAUGUAUGGCACUUGACUUUGCCAAAAAUGGGAUAAGAGUAAAUUCCAUCAGUCCUGGUUGGAUUUACACCCCAGAGGUUGCCAAAGCAGCUGAAAAUGACCGUGAAAAAUGGGAACAAGUUUGGGGAGACUUUCACAUGCUUAGACGAUUUGGUGAUYCCUCUGAAAUAGCAGCRGCUAUCACCUWUCUGUGCAGCCGAGAUGCUACAUUUGUCACAUCUGUAGAUUUCCCAGUUGAUGGAGGUUACUUAGGAAUGAGCGCUGAAUGUCUUGGUCAAUAUUCAAAGUUUGCUGGCUUAAAAGRAUAAAUGAACCCUUAGACACAAAACCAUGGACAUUUUCAYAUCCUCGUACUGUCAUUUCCAAGAAGUUGAAAUAAUUCUACCAAUGGAGUAACUCUASUUGAUGGAGUAACUAAAUCUAAUUUGCACUGUGUUACUAAGCGGGUUACUGCAAGUGUAACUUAACAUGUAAUGUUCAUGACAAAUUCCCCCUCCUCCUCCCCCCCCUCCCCUUUUCGUAUACAGUCAACUCUUGCCUUACGGACACCCCCCACUACAACGGACACCUUGAUAUUCCGGACAGUAAAAUACUGAAUCACCGGUUAAAAAUACAGAGAAAUUACUGAAAGUAACUCUCGUUACUACGAACUCUCGCUACUGUGGACACUAAAUUAUGGUCCUGAUGGUGUCCGUAAUAGCGAGAGUUGACUGUAUAUAUACUUAUAUUAAGGUACAUUUAAAG